AUGCGUGCUGAAGGCUCGGCACUUGCAUUGCGUGAGGUUGUGGGGUUGCGCACUUUGCAGCGGGAGAAGGAGCCAGAGGCAUCGGUGCGGCUGCAAGUCUACGAAAAGCUGCUGGGAGAGGCCAUGGCGCCCAAGAUGUACAACAUGCUUGCAGCAGGCUCCAAGUACGUCGUGUCCACGAGCACCAAUGGCAUUACCAUCACAUUUGUUGGAUAUCAGGAAGCAAUGUCAAAGCUGAUCAACCGGACCUUGAACGUUUUCAACAGCUUUAAUGAGCAUUUGAACACAACGCUGCCCAGCCGAUUUCACCGAAUCGCCAAGACAUAUAGAGAGGAACUAGAAACCUUCGGUGGCAUGCCCUCCAGCUAUGCCAUCCAAGAUAUGGAGCGCUUGCUCAUGCGGAACCGGUUUUCCAACCACGAGAGCCUGGAAGCGUUGUCAAAAAUCAAUCUCACGGCAGCUGCACGUGCGGGAGGGGAUCUCUUGCUGUCAAAAGAAUUGAAGAUGACGGCGCUUGCCAUUGGGAACCUCGCAGACCUUGAAUCGACUGAUGCGCUGCAUGAAAUUGCGUCUUCGUUGGCACGACCUUCAUGGACGGUUGCGCAGCCCUCUCCGGUGGAUGGCAGAGUGGAGGAGGUGCAGCCAGUGGUAAACGUGCAGAAGCCAGUGGAGGUCAGGACGCUGAACCCACGACCUGGAGAUCCGAAUGACGUUGCUAUCGUCAGCCUUGUCUACGGUGUAGGUGACGUGCCCAGCCGCGUUAUCCUCAGCAUCGCCAGCUCUCUCCUGGGCACGGCAGCCUUCGACCAUCUUCGCACCCAGCAGCAGCUGGGCCCGUUUCUCAGCCCGCGAACAGUGGUGCAAGGCACCAAAGUCAGUGCAGAUGAAGCGGAGGCCGCGAUAGAAGGCCUCCUAACCACCACCAUGCCAAAGAUCUUGCGCGAGCUGACCGUGGAGGACUUCCAGAGCCAGGUGGAUGCCUACAGGCAACAGCUACUUGAACCGCCACUGGCAGCGUCAGAUGAGGUCAGCCACUUCUGGGGGCACAUUACUCAAGGUGGCCGGUGCAUGAACUUGCUGGACAAGGCCUUGAGCUUUCUGAAGAGCCCACAGUGCAACAAGCAGAUGUUGAUAGACACGUGGAAUGAUUUGGCCUUUGGCAACGUCAAGGAUGGGAAGAACGCCCUGAGAAAGAAAAUCUCAGUGAAGUACUUUGCCCAGAAGGAUGGCAGUGACACAGCCCCCAAGCGGCCAACGCUGCAGGAGGCCCGUGCGGCUUGGCAGAAGCACGGCGUUCCCCCGGCAGCGACAGAGCUGCUCGAGCGAGAGUGGAGUGAGACCAAAACUGUCGCCGCGUCCAAUUCGAAGGUGAGGCAAGAGCUUGCUGAGGAGGGCGGCUUUUUCCCCACAGAUCUCCACUGCGGUGGUGAAGCGGGCGGCGCUGAAGCCGGGGUGGUCAUGCGGCAGGCAGGGAUGGGCUGUAGCACAGGUCGUUUGCUCAGCGGGUCCAUGUGCCAGAGCUAUGCGUAUUUGCUGCAGCAGUUGUCCGUCGGUGGCAUGGCUUCCGUCGCGGCCUGUGAGGCCAUGCGGAACGCCAUUUGCAUCACUGACCAGCCGAUGACCCAGCCGAAAUGGUUGUUCGCGGCAAGCAUGUCCUUCCCUCAGUUUCCAUCAGAUGAAGAGGAAUGGCUGGCUGGCCUUCACCACGAUGACUUCGCAAAGCGACAGAUGAUGGCUACAGUGCUGAGGUUUGGACCCCUGGCGCCCAACUGCGGCUUUCAGCUGGCAGGACCAUUGGCCAGUCUUGGCACGCUGACUGCGUUGCGGCGGGCCUUUCCUAACCAGUUUCUGCACUACCAUGCAGCAGGAGGCAUAUCCGCUCAAGGUGUACGUGGCAAGAGAGGCUACACAGCUUUCGUCCACGCAAAGCUUGCUCGGAUAUUGGGCGCUAGCAGCGUGUUACUGGAUGUUGAUGCCUGCAAAGAGGCAAGCAGCGCACUAAAAGAGCAGUCGGCCAAAGUUGCCGCGACGCUCUGUUGUGACCUGAGCACUGGCCCAGUCUUUGAGCAGCACUGGGAGAGCAUGAAGCAGGCGUUGCCGGUCCUCUCCGGCAAGCUUCAUGCACUACAACUGCCCUUGCUCUUUGAGGUCUUGGGGCAUUCGGACGUUCUGGCAACAACUGAAGUGUCCGUUUCCAGAAAGGACUCUUCACCAGGUUUGCGGUCCUUCCGCACUGUCGAAAAGGUGUGGAGAGCUUGGCAUCGAGGGGAGGAUCGCGACGAUGCUCGCUUGGCACAGGGCCUCAUUGCGGCUGCCAGGAGGGACAGCUCAUUGCUGGAUGCGUUUGAUGCAUUUCCUGAUGACGCGAAUGUGCUGUGCCCUGGUUGGCGGCAGCAGUUGGCCGAUGAGGAGCGCGCUGGGGCAAGCCGGCCGAGGCUCUGA